GCAACCGUAUAUACAUUAUCAUAACCAAACUUGACGUCUAAGCAACCGUAUAUCUGUCUUCCUCUAUCUUUUAUUUCUUCUUUUUUAUACCCUUUUAUCAAAUUCUCUCUCUUUCUCGCCCUUUCUCUCUCAGCGCAAGAAUCUCCACUGAAGUGGUAACCCUAUCGACUGCAGAAGCGAGAAAAGUCUCCUAACUUCAAGAUACCAGAAAAGCGUCUGUUUGGUUUUGAUUCUUUUGUACGGGAAAAUGAACAGAGAAAAUAGCUAGAAAAUCGAGUGUGUGUGAUGGGCAUAAAGCAAAGCUAGAGAAAUGACAUGGUGCAAUAAUAACUCAGUUGAUGAAAGAGCCAUUCAAUUAAUCACAGCAAACCCAAAAGAAAAUACUGUUAUUGAUACCAAAAUCGAUGAACUUCGGACCUUAACUUGCCCUUCUUGUGGCCAUAAUAUCCAGUUACAAGAUCAGGGCGGUGGCAUAAUUCAUGAUUUACCAGCACUACCAGCAGGAGUAAGGUUUGAUCCAAGCGACCAAGAAAUACUUGAGCAUUUAGAGGCGAAGGUAUUGUCUGAUAUGCGUAAAUUACACCCUCUAAUCGACGAAUUCAUCCCAACAAUAGAAGGAGAGAAUGGGAUUUGCUAUACUCAUCCAGAGAAGCUACCAGGAGUAAGCAGUGAUGGCCAAAUCCGACACUUUUUUCAUCGGCCGUCGAAGGCGUACACAACUGGAACUAGAAAACGCAGAAAAGUGCAUACUGAUGAAGAUGGAAGCGAGACUAGAUGGCACAAAACAGGCAAGACAAGGCCAGUUUUCAUCGGUGGAAGAGUGAAAGGAUUCAAAAAGAUUUUAGUACUUUACACAAACUAUGGAAGGCAAAAGAAACCUGAAAAAACAAACUGGGUUAUGCACCAAUACCAUCUCGGCAACAACGAAGAAGAGAAAGAUGGAGAGCUUGUGGUCUCAAAGGUUUUUUAUCAAACACAACCUAGACAAUGUGGUUCCACCAUUAAAGAUUCACUCGACCAAAACUUGAAAAAUCGAAAUACCCAUGAAAACACUUCAAUAUCUAGGAACCCAGCUCUUGUUGAUUACUAUAAUCCAGCAGCAUUCAUCUCUUAUGGUCAUGAAACUCAUAAUAGAGAAACCCCAGCUCAGUUGAUCCCUAAUAUGGUUGUUCAAGGUGAUGGAUCUUCUUUUAUUAGAUUUGCUGCAGAUACAAGCAAAGGGAAGCUUCAGAGAAGAUAGAGAUUCUGGUGGCUAGAGAGCAACAAUGACAAGUACUAUUUUCACUAUAAGAAAAUAAAAAAACAGCCAUAAAAUUUAUCCACGAAAAUAUAGAUAAAUAAAGUAAAUUUCGACCAUUUAAAAUAUCGAUAACUAAUUAUUUAUUGACGAAAAUUUGUAACUAUGUUUUAGCUUUCUUGUAGUGUUUGGUGGUUGUUGCUGUUGUGGAGUAGCAGUCGUAUACAUCUAUAUUACAUGUAAUUUAUUGGUGUGAGAUUUUAGUUUAGUGAGCGAAAGAGGAUUGGAGAAUCCUUGUUUGGUUAAAAGAAAAAGAGAGGCAGCAAGUUUCUUUGGAAAAGCUUUUGGCCAUGAGACUGUUUUUAGUUGUUGUUAAUAAGUUGGGGAAAACAAGCUGGUGUUGCUGUUACAAGGGUGAGCUGUAUUUGAAGUAGAAAGUGUACAAAGAUAUAUAUAACUUUUUUUAUAAUCUUAGGUAGGGUUUUAGAUCAACCAUUACUUUCAUCCUUGUGUACAUUAUUUUGUUUGAACAAUGCAAGGUUCCAAUUUUCUCCCA